AUGUUCAGCGUCGAUCCAGAAUCGUUCAUCGGCGGCACAGAAGCGAUUCGGCUGAUAGUCAGCGUGUGGAGCGUACGCAGCGAAUUUACGAUCAAUGUGAGACAUGACGGCGUGUGUGGAUACGCAGGCCCACCGUCAGUCGAUGAGGGAACGGACGCAGCGUGUAGGCAUUGGUGGGGAGACCGCUGGAAACAGCACGAGCCGUGGCGGAGUGCCGCUGAUGUCAAACAAGACCGCUAUGACGAGGCGAAGGAAUUAUGGGCGACUCUUUCCCAGAGACUAACAACUAAACGACAACAGGGUUGGGGACUUGGAUGGCCCACACAGCAGUCAACUGUUUCAGUAAACCACCUCAAGGUACAACUGAGUGGAAGUGGACCACGCAGCUCGAAAAGGCUGUUGGUUUCCUUCAGUUUCUAA